GGUGGUCUGCUCCCAGCAUAUCAUCCUGUGUCAGGAGAAGAGGCUCCAGUGCCUGUCCUUCACCAGUGUCAGGGAAAAAGAAUGGGUGAUGGAGUCCCUGAUUCGCUACAUCAAAGUGAUCGGUGGUCCGCCAGGCAGAGAGGGCCUACUAGUAGGGUUAAAGAAUGGAGCUAUCCUGAAGAUAUUUGUUGACAACCCGUUUCCCAUCACACUGCUGAAGCUGUCAACGUCAGUGCGCUGCCUGGACAUGAGCGCCUCCCGCAAUAAACUGGCUGUGGUGGAUGAGCACAGCACUCUCCUGGUCUAUGACAUCAAUAGUAAAGAACUGCUUUUUCAGGAGCCUAAUGCUAACAGCGUGGCCUAGAACACCUCUCUGGCAACGGGUACCUUAACAUCAAGGCUAGCAACUUCCCUGUACACCAGCAGAAGAUGCAAGGCUUUAUGGUCGGCUACAAUGGCUCUAAGAUCUUCUGUCUCCACGUCUAUUGCAUGUCAGCUGUGGAGGUGCCUCAGUCAGCACCCAUGUACCAGUACCUGGAGAGGAAGAUGUUUAAGGAGGCCUAUCAGAUCGCCCGUCUGGGUGUGACAGACAGUGACUGGAGGGAUUUAGCCACAGAAGCCCUGGAGGGACUUGACUUUGACACUGCCAAG